CUGUUAUCUUUAAUUCGAGCCCAAUUUUCGCUCUUGUGUUUCAUGCACCAGUGCGCAUCUCGCUGCUUGUAAGUAAUCAAAGAUAAAGUCCGAUCACGAUGUUUUUAUUCGUAAAAUGACAUUUUAAACACAUAUUCCUCCUCAAAACACAAAAGGCUUUUUAUGGAUUCUUUCUGCAUUCAACCACUAGAUGGCGAUUUUUUUUAUUUACGUUAAUCUGCAUCAAUCUCUUGAUUUUUUUCAGAACCUAACUUUACAAUUUUGAAAGGCAGUAACUUGUGCAAUUUGAAACAACAUUUUUAACUACAUCUGAUGUUCUUUAUUGAUACAGUUUGUAUUGUUAUUCCUCUCAGGAAAAGAAGAUUGCAUGGGUAAUCUGCUCUCCUUCAUCAGCUACCCAGUGAUCAGCAAAAUGGACAGGUUGACUGCUGUCAUUCUCUGUGGCUUUAAAUGUCCACUGCUAUGGCCAAGCGUGAGGCUGGGAACGCCAGCCCUGUGGUGCGUCAGAUAGACAAGCAAUUCCUGGUUUGCAGCAUCUGUUUGGAUCACUACCACAACCCCAAGGUCCUGCCCUGUCUACACACUUUCUGCGAAAGCUGUCUCCAGAAUUACAUUCCUCCGGAGUCUCUGACACUCUCGUGUCCUGUGUGUCGACAAACAUCCAUCCUGCCUGAGAAAGGAGUGGGAGCUCUGCAGAACAACUUCUUCAUCACUAAUCUCAUGGAGGUCCUGCAGCGUGAGCCGGAGUGUUCUCGGCCCGAGGCCUGCAGUGUGUUGGAGUCGGUCAGCGCUGCGGUAGCAGGGAAGCCUCUUUGCUGCCCAAACCAUGAAGGAAAGGUGAUGGAGUUCUACUGUGAGUCUUGUGAGACAGCCAUGUGUUUGGACUGCACAGAAGGCGAGCACCGGGAUCAUAUGACUGUUCCUCUGCGGGACGUAGUGGAGCAGCACAAAGCUGUGCUCAAAACACAGCUUGAUGCCAUUCACAGCAGACUUCCUCAGCUGACAGCAGCUGUUGAGCUGGUGAGUGAGAUCUCGCGGCAGCUCAAUGAAAGAAAAACCGAAGCAGUAGCAGAGAUCAACAGUACGUUUGAAGAGCUGGAGCGGGUGCUGCAUCACCGCAAGACAGCCCUCAUCACAGACUUGGAGAACAUCUGCAGCUCCAAGCAAAAGGUCCUCCAUGCCCAGCUGUCCUCUCUUCUCCAGGGGAAGGAACACAUCCAGAGCAGCUGCAGCUUCACAGAGCAGGCUCUCAGCCAUGGGAAUGCAACUGAGGUGCUACUGGUUCAGAAGCAGAUGAGUGAGCGGGUCACAGCUCUGGCCAGACACGACUUUCCAGAGAAGCCACAUCAGAACGCACAUCUAGACUGUCAGGUGGAGACUGAAGGCCUGCGGCGCUCCAUCCAGAACCUGGGUGUUCUCCUCACAACAUCAGCCGUGGCACACACGUCUGUCGCCACAGGGGAGGGACUGAGACAUGCAGCUACUGGGCAGCACCAAACCAUUACUGUGACAACAAAAGACAAAGAUGGAGAGUUGGUGAGGACAGGAAAUGCUGUUUUAAAGGCUGAGAUAUUGUCGGCUGACGGUAACAGAGCUGCAGAAGUAGAAAUAACGGACAACAAGAAUGGAACGUAUGAAGUGGGCUACACGUUGCGCUCCGAAGGAGAGUAUUCAUUCUGCCUGCUGCUUUACGGUCAGGCCAUACGUGGCAGCCCAUUCCGCCUGCGGGUGGUCAAACCGUCGGACGUGCCCCAGUCUCCGGAUGAUGUGAAAAGGAGGGUGAAGUCCCCGAGCGGGACAGGAGGCCACAUCCGUCAGAAAGCGGUGCGACGGCCUUCCAGCAUGUACAGCACCACCAAGAAAAAGGAGAACCCCAUUGAGGAUGAGCUCAUCUACAGAGUUGGUUCCCGGGGAAGGGAAAAGGGCGAGUUCACAAAUCUGCAAGGAAUCUCAGCCUCCAGCAACGGUAGAGUGGUGGUGGCUGACAGCAACAACCAGUGCAUACAGGUAUUUUCCAAUGAUGGGCAGUUUAAAAUGCGCUUUGGGGUCAGAGGUCGUUCUCCAGGACAGCUGCAGAGACCGACAGGAGUCACUGUAGACAUGAACGGAGACAUCGUGGUGGCCGAUUAUGACAACAGAUGGGUCAGCAUCUUCUCCUCAGAUGGCAAGUUCAAGAAUAAGAUUGGUGCAGGCCGUCUCAUGGGUCCCAAAGGAGUGGCCAUGGAUAAAAACGGACACAUUAUCACUGUGGAUAACAAAGCCUGCUGUGUCUUCAUCUUUCAGUCCAAUGGAAAGCUGGUGACUAAGUUUGGAGGCAGAGGGACGUCUGAUAGACAGUUUGCAGAAAAACUUGGCCCAAACUUUAAUAAAUCUGGCUCAGUUUUCAGUCCACACUUUGUUGCAGUGAACAACAAGAAUGAAAUUAUAGUGACAGAUUUUCACAAUCACUCUGUUAAGGUAUACAGUGCAGAUGGGGAGUUUCUGUUUAAAUUUGGCUCUCAUGGAGAAGGCAAUGGCCAGUUCAACGCGCCCACUGGUGUGGCUGUAGAUGCUAAUGGAAACAUCAUUGUAGCCGACUGGGGUAACAGCAGAAUACAGGUUUUUGAUAGCACAGGGUCCUUCCUGUCCUACAUUAACACCUCAGCAGACCCGCUCUAUGGGCCCCAGGGCCUCGCUCUCACUUCAGAUGGACAUGUGGCAGUUGCCGACUCCGGGAAUCACUGCUUCAAAGUUUACAGAUAUCUGCAGUAGGUAAAGGAAAGGCAUCAACCAAACCUGCUUGAAUAAAUUAAUAUUUCACAUUACUAGCUGUCAUUAAGUUGCAAUGUUCCUGCAGCGUGUUUGGGCAGGUGGGUUCCUUGUUCAUUUCUUUUCAGUGAAGGGUAAAGAAAUUGCAAAAAAUAUUAAUAUUAGAAGAAGAGAAAUAAGUUUGAUUUUUGCCAGUAUAUCCACCUGGACUCAUCCUGCCAGAUGUGGCAUUUUGUGAUAAACCUAAUUUCUGGAUCAGAUUCAUGACUUUUCCAGCAACCAGCAAGACAAACAAGCAUGUACUAUUUCCAACCAUGUUUUCAGAGGAAGGUAGACCUAUAGUUCAGUACAGUUUGUAGUGAGGUUCUUUAAAAAUGUCAAAACCUUACCUGCUGUAGUUAACUUUCAUGUGUUCUUCUUUUUGUUUUAGUCCCAGAGGCUGAGGCUAACAUCCAGUCUAAAAGGUCCAAAACCAGCAACUCCAUGGAAACAGUCUCAAAUGAGUUGAAGUUGAUGCUAAUGCUUAUUUAUGAAUAUUUAGAGAAUAGAGUGAAUAUCAUUGCAAUGCAAUGAUCUAAAACUUUAUAAAGCAGUGUUUGUAUAAAUCAGUGUGUUUUGGUUUCAGCCUCUGUAAACAACAAAUCAACAAAAUGAAGAACACGAGCGUUUUCUGCUGCAGGGAAGAUAUUUAUUGCUCGAAACUUUUUAACAGAACAUCAUUUCAAAAUCCCAAGAGGUGCCAUUUUGUCACUGUGCACCAAAAAUCCUGCUGAUCCUGCCUUCCUUUUUUUUAAAUCUGUAUACAAAACAGAACAUUUUGGAAUGUGUAGUUGCAGGUCAAUUCGUCACUCUGUACUUUUUCAUCCUGCAAGACCCACCAGUCAUUAGUUGACUUUUAUGCAAGUUAUAGUUUAUUCAAUGAAGGAUAACAUCCAAACCAGUUCCACUUCUACAGGAAAUUUCUUUUUAUGGUCUUGCUGUUGUAAUAACCAAAAUAGAUUUCUAAAAAUUGACCCCAUGGCUUUUUGCACUUUUGUCUGUUAAUAUCAAUAAUUUACUGUAAUUGUAAAUAU